UUAAUUAUUUAAAAAAAGAUAAUGCCAUUUCGCCCUUUCUCUCUGUGCCGUAUCUGAUCGCCUCUCCCCUUUGGUUUUCCUCGAGAUCGUUGUUUAAUCUUCGAUUUUGUUCAGAUCAAAGAGAGAGGAGAGACGACGACAAAGAGAUUGAUCUCUAUUCUUCUUAGGUAGAAUCGGUAAAGGAAGAACGAAGUGGUCUAGAUCGAUCGAAAAGAUUAAACAAGAGUGGAUUAAGAAGAAGAGAGAAGGAGAAUCGCUUAUCCGUGGCGCAACCCGUACAGAUUUAUUUGUUUUCUUUCGGGAAUAUAAUUUUAUUAUUAUUUUUUUUUACCCUUGUUCGUUUGGCUUUAGAUCCGGUUGUUUUGGCGACGACUUGUUCCAAUUUUAGGUUUAAUUUCGAUCUAGUUUGAUCCAUGGAUCUUUUGCUUUACAGGUUGCGGAGUGGACGGCGAUUGCUUGACUUAAUCGAGUGUGUUGAAAGAUGACAGAUAAAACAGAAAGCACCUUGAAGGAUGCUGAUAUACACUCCCUCCAAAAGCAAUGGGAUGAGAUUUUGUGCCCUAUUUGUAUGGAACAUCCACACAAUGCAGUAGUUCUUAUCUGCACUUCAUAUGAAAAAGGUUGCAGAUCUUACGUUUGCGAUACAAGUUACAGGCAUUCAAAUUGUCUAGAUAGAUUCAGGAAACUAAGAAUGUGCUCUGGUGAUAACACAUCUGGUUCUGCUUCUACUAUCACUGAGAAUGUUGAUGCAGAGAGACCUCACUCGAGCUCUCUUUAUGGUACAGAUCCUUCUUCCCCUCAUCCAGCAACAGCACUAGCAAACGCUGUUGAAGCCCAUGACAAUUUUAGCAUUGAUGGUGUAAUACCUGGUGAGCUAGAUGAAUUUUUUGAUGACCCAGAGCUCAGACAAGCACAAGAUGGAUAUCAAGCAUCUCAUUCAGAGGGCAAUAUGAGUUCUGAUGGAUCUGGUGGUGGUGAUGAACCCGAGGUUAACUGCUUGAAGUGCCCUCUCUGCCGAGGUGCUGUACUAGGUUGGAUGAUUGUCAAAGAAGCUAGACAAUAUAUGGAUUUGAAGUUAAGAAGUUGCUCCAGAGAAUCAUGCUCAUUUUCUGGCAACUACAAGGAACUCCGUAAACAUGCCCGGAGAGUACACCCCAUGACUAGGCCUGCUGAGGUUGAUCCAUCAAGGCAACAAGCUUGGCAUCACAUGGAACGCCAGCAGGAGUAUCAUGAUAUUCUCAGUGCACUUAGAUCUGCGAUGCCAGGUGCUGUAGUGCUGGGAGAUUAUGUUAUAGAUGAGGGCGAUGGCCUUUCAGGCGAUGGGAGUGGCCCAUGGUGGCCUACAACACUCUUGCUGCUUCAUAUGCUUGGAAGUCCAUUAGGUUCAUUGGAUGACCGAAGAUCUUCUAGGGCAUGGAGGACAAGGCGACGCUCUUCAAUGCGUCGUUAUUUAUGGGGUGAGAACUUGUUAGGCACUCAAGAAUAUGACGACUGGAACUCAGACAACGACAUCCUUACACGAAGAAGGCGUAGGAGGAUAACUAGACCCAGACAUGACGAGGAGCAUCAACAAUAACUUGUAUUUCAGAUAACAAUUUGGAAAAGCAGCCACCGGUGUGGAUAGCUGGAGCUGAAGUUCCGGUUAUUGUGAGGUACUCUUGGAGCUGAAGUUCCAUUUUCUGUGAGCUACUCUUGUUGAUCGAUGUUGUUGAAUACAAAAUAUCAGCUUUGCUCAGAAAUUGAAGUGUUGUCUCGGGUUUUAGAUCCUUAAACAUUUGGUACUACAUAAUCACGGUCACGUUUAGCAAUGCAGCUUUAUUUUUAUGUGUGACCUUGUUAUGAAAUCAAGGGUUGGUUCUGGAAUGCAGCUUCAUUUGUUUGUGUGA